AUGUUCUUCUUUCUUUUGUUAACUCUUGGCUUUUCGGCUUCUUUGACUCCUCUAACGGAAUGCACCAAAGCAAGAAUCACUUACUAUUCCGGAUAUGAAUCAGGAGGAGCGUGUGGCUUCCCGGACAUCUCAACCAAAGUCACUGCCGGUUAUAUGUUCUUCUCCGCGCCAAACACUGCGUUCUAUGACAAGUCAAACAAGUGUGGUAUUUGUUAUGAAAUGGUUGGUCCAAAUGGUGCACUUCGUUUCAUGGUUAGUGAUGAGUGCCCACAAGCUACUAACUCUCUUUGUCGAGGUGAUAUGAUUCACGUUGACCUUGCAGAUAACGCUUUCUCGUACGUAGCUGACAAAAGUCUUGGAAAGACAAAUGUCACAAUGAGAAUGGUGGCGUGUGACCAUACUGGAAAGAUCAAAAUACUGUCCCAGUCUGGGACGUCUGUGUAUUGGUACUCCUUUGUUGUGUUGAACCACGUCAUAGGUGUUGCUUCCGCUUCAAUUUCAAAUGACGGUGGAAGUACGUGGACUGCUGCGAGCAGAACGGCUUAUAAUGCGUUUGUGCUCACUCCAAAGAGUGCGCUGAAGCUUCCGUUCCAAGUCAAAGUCACUUCUAUUGCCGGCGACUCUGUUAUCAUUGAUGUCACCAAUGCAGACGGAGGGAAGACUAUUGAAGGAAGAGGGCAAUUUGCUGUUCCAAGCAAAGAGUGGUUCGAUAUUGAGACUUUGAAACAGGUCACCAAGAAACCAGCAGAUGCUGAUGGGUGCUGUGCUGUACCUGAUGACUUCACUGUGUUGUAUGAUGACAAAUUGGAAGGUGUAUGGAAAGAUUCUUCAUUCUCAACUACAACAUCUUACUCCUACGCAACUUCACCAAAGGAAGGAAAGUAUUGCAUUCAGUCCAGCAUGAAGAGUUAUGGUGGUGUGCAAAUCAUUACUAACAUUCCUGCUCGAGCCGACCAAUACACACACAUCGAAUUUUAUUUAAAAACAGAAGGCACUUGCAACUUGUGUAUUUUCGUCCAGGGAGUUGAAGCAACAAAAGGUGGCGUGAGUGUUGGACCAAGUGCGGCUAACACGUGGACUUAUAUCAAAUUGAAGUUGUCCGAUAUCGGAUACCCAACUAAAGGAUUUGCUGGUGUGAUGUUCCAAAACGAUGACACCGUCACAAGAAAGGUAUACUUUGACAAAAUCCAAUUGGUGAAAGAUCCAAGUGCACCUGAUGCCGGUGUUUGUUGGAAGUAA